AUGCCAACCUCCAGACAGCAGGAUAUCAAGGACGCGCCAGGCGCCAGACCGGUGGACAAGUCUCACCGCAGCAACGCAAAGGACUGCACCGAGCACUGGGAGGACGAAGAGCACCUCGAGCAGAACAAGAAGGAUUUCCAGGAGUUCCGCGCACAUGACAACCAACCGAGCUCGCCGGGCGGCAGCGCGUCAGCCGGCUCCGACUCGGGCGACCAUGGCGAGGUCCCCGGCGGUAUGAAGCGUGGACGCGGCGCGAACCAGGCCGGCAGCCAGAGCAAGAAGGCCAAGAGCGAGGAGGCCGAUGCGUCGAGGCUGCCGCGAGGAGACAAGACGAGGGUGCCCGCGGUGGGACAGCAGGUGCAGUGGAAGUCUGGAAAGGGAUACGCAAAGGGCGAGGUCGUCGAGGUGCUGUACGAGACAAAGGAAGUCGAGGGUCAGAAGGCGGAGGCUAGCAGAGAGGAUCCCAGGCUGGUGCUGAAGACGGAUUCCUCAGGCAGGCUCGCCGUGCACAAGCCCGAGGAUGUGUACUUUGGUUAG